AUGACUGGCAAUAACGAUAAUAAUAAUAUUAAUAAAAUCAGUGAUACAUUAAAUGAAAAGAUUCAUAAUGCAUUCAAAGGAGUGUUAGACCAUAAAGGAUUUAGUGUAAAUUUGUUAAAAUUAUUAAAAUUGAAUAAAAUUGGGUAUGGUUUCAUUGAAUUUGAAGUAACAGUAGCUAAAGAACAUACAAAUACACUAGAUGGAUUACAUGGUGGUGCAUCGGCAACUUUAAUGGAUGGAAUUGGAGCAUUUUCUUAUUUAUGUACACAAGAGAAUCAAAAGGAAUUAACUUUUGGUGUUACAGUAAAUAUGAAUAUAAAUUAUAUCACUGGUGCAACAAUUGGUGAUAAAAUUAUUAUUAAAGCUCAAGUUGAAAAAUUAACAAAAACUUUAUGUUUCACUAAAGUUACAAUUGAAAAAGCUGAUGAUUCCUCUUUAAUCUCAACAGCUCAAAUCAUUUAUAAAGUACCACCAAAAUUUUAUUCAAAACUUUAA